GCCGAAGACGAAAAUGGAAUAACGGCGCUGCACCUAGCCAGUCAGGAGGGACACGAAGAUAUCGUGAAAAUUCUCGUAGAUUAUGAUGCCGAUGUCAACUCGAGUACUAAAUGUGGCGAGACACCACUUCAUUUCGCUGCGCGAGUAGGUCUACAAGAAAUUUGCUACUUGCUACUCUCAGCAAGAGCUAACGUGAAUGCCAAAGACGAAAAUGGAGUAACGGCGCUGCACCUAGCCAGUCAGGAGGGACACGAAGAUAUCGUGAAAAUUCUCGUAGAUUAUGAUGCCGAUGUCAACUCGAGUACUAAAUGUGGCGAGACACCACUUCAUUUCGCUGCGCGAGUAGGUCUACAAGAAAUUUGCUACUUGCUACUCUCAGCAAGAGCUAACGUGAAUGCCAAAGACGAAAAUGGAGUAACGGCGCUGCACCUAGCCAGUCAGGAGGGACACGAAGAUAUCGUGAAAAUUCUCGUAGAUUAUGAUGCCGAUGUCAACUCGAGUACUAAAUGUGGCGAGACACCACUUCAUUUCGCUGCGCGAGUAGGUCUACAAGAAAUUUGCUACUUGCUACUCUCAGCAAGAGCUAACGUGAAUGCCAAAGACGAAAAUGGAGUAACGGCGCUGCACCUAGCCAUUCAGGAGGGACACGAAGAUAUCGUGAAAAUUCUCGUACAUCAGGGUGCCGAUGUCAACUCGAGUACUAGAUGUGGCGAGACACCACUUCAUUUCGCUGCGCGAGUAGGUCUAGAAGAAACUUGCAAGUUGCUACUCCUAACAAGAGCUAACGUGAAUGCCGAAGACGAAAAUGGAAUAACGGCGCUGCACCUAGCCAGUCAGGAGGGACACGAAGAUAUCGUGAAAACUCUCGUAUAUUAUGAUGCCGAUGUCAACUCGAGUACUAAAUGUGGCGAGACACCACUUCAUUUCGCUGCGCGAGUAGGUCUAGAAGAAACUUGCCACUUGCUACUCCUAAGAAGAGCUAACGUGAAUGCCAAAGACGAAAAUGGAGUAACGGCGCUGCACCUAGCCAGUCAGGAGGGACACGAAGAUAUCGUGAAAAUUCUCGUAGAUUAUGAUGCCGAUGUCAACUCGGAAACUUAAUGGGGGAGACACCACUUUAUUUCGAUGCGCAAGUAGGUCUAGAAGAAACUUGCAGGUUGCUACAUUCCAUGAUAUCCUAACAAAACGCAUAGACAAAUAGCAUUAUACGCGAGAAAUGAAGAUGUUGUUCAGGUUUUGCAACGGGGCAAUUACCAGAGAGAAUUUCGUACGUACGAAGACUUAAUAAAAGGUCGUUUCAACAGAGUUAUGGCAAGAACGGAUUUGUUAGAUGAGAGCAUUACAUUUUUCCGCCGUUACCUCAGUAGAAUUUAUGAUUUAUCUUGUAUUCAA